AUGCUGCACUCGCGCCGCCUGUCUCGCUGCAUCUGUAUCCUGAUAUUUCUGGCAACAACAGCCAAACGGGCCGAGACUGCAGCAGCAGCAGCAGCAGCUGCCGAAGCACUUACCAGCAUUCCAGACAUCCCACUAUGUGGAUCUCCCCCGACGCACGCGUGCGUGCUACAGCAAGCUGCUGCUUUGCAAGACUGGGGCACAGCAGUUCGCCGCCAGCUGCAUAGACACCCCGAGCUAAUGUAUGAGGAGCUGCAGACUUCAAUCCUGGUGCAGCAAGUGCUCACAAAGUUAGGUAUAAAGCACACGACGGGCUGGGGCCGGGAUCGCCGCACAUCUCUUGUUGACGAGUCGCUGCUGGAGCCCUCGACUGAGCGAGGAGAUGCUGAAGACCUUCAGAAGCUGCAGGAACUGCAGCAGCAGCAGCAGCAGCAGCAGCAGAAGGAAGCAGGAGUUGUAGGCACGGGAGUUGUUGCUGAGAUUGGAACUGGCGAGGCCCCCUGUGUCUUGCUGCGAGCUGAUAUGGAUGCGCUGCCAAUAGUGGAGCAGGCUGAUGUCGGCUUCAAGUCCGAAGUUCUCGGGAAAAUGCAUGCGUGCGGCCACGACGUGCACACCACUAUGCUUCUUAUGGCUGCAGCUAUUCUGAAGAAAAACGAGAGUUCUUUGAAGGGCACAGUCCGGCUGGUGUUCCAGCCUGCUGAAGAGGGAGGCGAGGGGGCCCGCAUGAUGCUAGAAGAAGGCCUGCUGCAGCAGCAGCCAACAGCCAGCCUGGCUCUGGGUUUGCAUGUUGCACCGCAGCUGCCUACGGGGACUAUCGCCUCCAGAGCAGGAAACCUCAUGGCUGCCACUGCAAGCUUUCACUUCGAGGUCGUGGGAGUUGGCGGCCACGGCGCAAUGCCAUUUGAGACACACGACCCAAUCGCUGCAUGUGCCGCCGCCGUGCAGAACAUAAAUACGUUUGUAGCAAGAGAAAAUGACUAUUCAGCGGAGUCCUCCGGAUUUGUCUCAGUCACGCAGAUCCAGGCGGGCAGUGCCUUCAAUGUCAUUCCAUCUAAGUGCACACUGAAGGGAACUAUUAGGGCUUUUAGCAACGAGAAGCUGCGGGAGCUGCAAUUACGACUCCGCCAAGUGGUCCAACACACAGCUGAAGCCUUCCGUUGCAGCUUACGAGUCAUCCGUUUGCUUACCAACACGCCAGCACUUCGUGUGCAUCCAGAGGCUCUGGCUGUUCUUCACGAGGCUGCCCCUGGAAUAGUUGCGGGCGGUCAAGUUAUUACAAUGGAGCCGACCUACGGUGGCGAAGACUUUGCCUUUGUGCUGGACAAGCUCCCUGGAGCAUUUGCGUUUAUCGGCAUUGGGAGCGGCGCCGAGAAGGCAGGACAUGUCCCAACAGCCUUUGGGCUGCACCACCCAAAGUUUGCUGCAGAUGAGGCAGUGCUGCAGGUGGGGGCAGCACUUGAGGCAAAGUUUGCUUUCGAAGCUAUCAAGCACUUGCUGCAGCAGCAGAAGCCACAGGGCCAGCAUAUGCCAUCGCAGGAACCACAGCAGCAAAAGGAGGAGCUCUAG